AUCAUAGUCAUAUGGCGGACAUCGCUAUGGCGGCAGGCUGCCAAAAAAAUAGCCGUGGGUCUAGCAGUGUACCGUGGGUGAUAUUUCAUGCUUGAUUGAGGUAGUUCGAUGAAGCAGAUUCUUGAAACCCGGCACAAACAUCUUUGAGGACCCGGCGAAAGUUCUACGAAAGUUCUACGAAAGUGCAGUACCGGGGGAAAGCAGCGCAGCUCGCAUCGAAAGCAGAUGCCGUACCGGCGUCUACAUUCGAUGCGUGCUGUGCUGCCUUUUCCUGGUGCUGCGAUUUCGUGAAACUUUCACUGGGUCCUUAAAGAUCAGGCUGCCGUUCACACCGGGUUUCAAUAAUAUGUUUUGUCGAACGAUUUCAGUCAAGAACGAAAUAUCACCCACGACUAUUUUUUAUGGCAGCCUGCCACCACAACUGCCACAACGCUGUCUGCCAUGGAUGAAUAAUAGUGGCUGCACCAUCUGUACAUUGGCUCGAGGUGCGGUGGACAUGGAUGACUGCAAUCUAAUUUCUGAGGCCGAACUUGAAAAGUAUGCUUACAGUAUUGCGUCCCUGGACCCUUUCCGUGUGCUAAGGAGCAUCACAUCCCUCAGAGACAGACUGAGGGCUCAGGGAGCAGACCUUCUCAAACCUUGUUCAAGCAGGGACGACGGAACAAGCUGCUGGGUCGUCGACUCCCUGCUGACCCUCAACAAACACCUGACUUCGGUCCACACAGAAAUCGAAGAGUACGAGCCAGGCAAGCUUGCCGUGACGUACAUUGAUGCUGUCGACGAAUGCGACGACCUAUCGGACAGGACCUUCUUGGACUGCGUCUUUCUCAUUUGUUGGCUGCUCAGGAAUCACAGAUGUAUCAAGAGGGUGUGCCUUUGCGAGUCGGUCCUAGUGCGGACCAAUCCCGCGAUGCUCGGCAAGGCCAUAGAGCUCGCACCUGGGCUCGUCGAGGUCGACAUAAAGUGUCGGUUCAUUUCCACGCGUGCGUCUGUAGCUCUUGCUUCUGCACUGAGCCACAAGGUCGGGCUCGAAAAGCUGCACCUCUCAUCCUUGCUUGUGGACCACAUGACUGCAAGGGACAUAGCCUGUGCCUUGAAGAAAAGUCGGGUGCAGUCACUGGUUCUCUACAACGGUCUGUCUAUGCGGGCCGGAGAUGUGAUCCUGCGUGCCGUCGGCAAGUGUUCUUACUUGACCUCAUUAGUGAUAGAUGGUUAUGAGCAUUUUCUAGUUAGCAAUGCCAAGUGUCUUGCCGCUGUGCUGGCUAAGAACACGACCAUAGCAAAAUUGUCCGUGACUGGAACGUGCUCAAGUGCGGUAAAAGUUAUACUUACAUCGCUUCAAAAGAACAGCUCGGUUCGGGAGCUUUCACUCAUUUGCCAACACCCGUCCCGCUCGGUUUUCAUGGAAAGUGAAGAGCUGGAGCCAUUGGCAAGCAACUCUGUACUGAAGAAGCUGACACUUUCUCUACAAGAGCUGGAUGAUGCCGGUGCCAUUUUUCUCUCUAAAUGGCUAAAAGAUAGCAUUAUGCUAGAAGAACUCGACCUUUCGUGGAGCAGCGUUCGUGUAAAUGGUGCCCUAGGGCUUGCAGAGGCACUAAAAACAAACAGAACUUUGAAAAAGCUUGUUCUGGACAACUACGGUUUCACUAUUAACGUUGUCGAGAAGUUUGUGGAGGCACUGAAGCUCAACAACGUUGUUGAGUCAGUUCGUUUGGGUUUUAUUCCCAUCCCUGAGGAGGUUGCGUGCCAAGUAACAAAUAAUGGACACAACGUUUGCAGACGACUUAUGGUGGCCUGGAACACUGACGGGCUUCUGCAGCUUGCACGAGAAUUGAGGGACGAUAGAGGCUCAGGCCACCAGUUGUAUCUAAGCUGGUCUGAACAUGCCUCAGAGGCGUCCAUUUUAGACGUGUUUCUUGCUCUGUCUACGAACAAUACCAUAACUGAACUCUACAUGCAGAACGGAAGUUUACUGAAUGUCGCAUUGGCCGAGGGCCUAGCAGGCCUACUGCGCUCCACCAAAACUUUGAAGAAACUCAAAAUAAGUACAGAAGUUCAAGUUGACCGUGUUGCGCCAUUGAUUCUGGCCAGUCUCACAAACAAUAUGACUGUUCAAGAAGUUGUUUUUAGUUGUACUUCUAUGUCAAGAAGAAUGACCAAAGCUGUGAGUGAAAUGCUGCAGGUGAACAGAACAAUUCACACUAUUUGUUUUGAGAACCAGUACCUUAAUUGUGGAGGUCAGAAAAAGCUCUCAAAGUGUCUCAGGAACAAUCAUGUUCUAGUGAAGUUUGACUUUUCUAACCCAACUUCAUACUUCAAGGGACUCUUCACCAUUCGAGAGAUUGUGCUUCGGAACAGGUGCCUCUUGAACCGUGCUGCUCAGUUUGUGCUUAAGACUGCUUUUGACCAGAGAUCUCUGGAUGCCUUUAGGCUGGUUUGCAAAAAUGAAUUCCUUGUCGAGCAUCUAGUCAAAAUCACUGACCAAGGGGAGGCAGAUGUGAGGAAGAGCAUAGCAGCUACACUCGAUUCUGCUGGAAUAAUUUGUGACUCAUAAUUAUGACAGUCUCUUAACUUUAGGUUUUAGACAUAUUUUAACUGCAGUGUAAAAGCACAUGUUAGGUGCCGGUCGAUGUCUGCAAAUGUUGGUUUUAAAUUUACAGAGCUAGUGCUAUGCUCGGUGUUCUAAUAAAGAGCUGGAAUUCCUUGUAAAUUGUACAGUCACAAUUUUUUACUAAGGUUGAGUGGAGGCAAAUGGGCAGUUGCAUUUUUACUUGAUACAAAAUUUUGACUGUUGGCUUGUGCAAUAAAAGCAGUGACACUUGUAUGCACUCUCCCUCUCGC